AUGCUACACUCUUCGGUUCAAGCCGCAGCCUCUGCGGCAGUCGAACCACCGUGGAAAAAGAUGAAACCGAAUCCAUCUCCACCGUCGUUUUUGUCGCUUCCUGAUGUGAUCAUUCUAAACUGCUUAGCGCGCGUAUCCAAAUCCUACUACCCUAUACUCUCCCUAGUCUCCAAGUCCUUUCGCUCUCUUAUCUUAUCCAUUGAGCUCAACCACGCACGGUUUCACCACAAAACACAAGAAUCGCUCUUUUCUAUAUGUUUACAGCUUCCCGACCGCCCUCUUCCCUCAUGGUUCACCCUCUGGAUACAACCUGAUCAAAUCGAGAAGAAGAAAGCUACAUUGGUACAACUUGUACAAGUUCCUUCUUCCUAUGCUUCUCGAGAACCAUUGUUCCUUCGUAGGGUGGGUUCAGAUAUCUACGCACUCAGACAACGUUAUCCUCCGUCCCAAGUCAUGUUAGUCCGCCACAAUGAGAACGUUUUAUGGAGUAACGCACCUAGUAUGACUGUAGCUCGAGUGAAUCCAGUUGCGUGCGUACUCCACGGGAAGAUAUACGUAUUUGGAGGUUGCAAGGCAAAUGAAUCCGCCGAAAGCUGGGGUGAGGUUUUGGAUAUAAAGGCUCGAACAUGGGAGCCUUUACCUGACCCUGGAGACGAGCUUCGGUUCUCUUCAGUGAUUAGAAAAAUAGAGAUUACCCAAGGGAAGUUUUACGUUAGGAGUAACGAGGAGAAAGACUCUGUCUAUGAUCCGAAAACACGUAAGUGUAAAGCUACGCCAAAAGCACGCGAGGGUGACAGUAGGUGUAUGGUAGGUAAUAUAUAUUACGCUUGUCGUGCGAAAAGUUGCAUGUGGUAUGACAAAGAGUGUAACGAGUGGAAACAGGUCAAGGGGUUGUCUUCAUUCAAUAAGAAUUAUCGUAGUGGUUUGAUUGAAAUCGUUAAUUACUGUGGGAAACUCUUAAUCAUGUGGGACAAGUUGGCGCAGCCUCGUCUUCGUCGUAAUUGUCAAGAAAAGACUAUUUGUUGUGCAUUGGUUGCGCUUGAAAAGCGCCAAAAUGGUCAAGUUUGGGGAAAGGUUGAGUGGUCUAAUGGUGUGCUUACGGUUCCCAGUUCAUACGUUUUCUUGCGUUCUUCAGUGAUACGGACUUGAUCAACUGUAUCUAUUUUUAUACUAUCAA